UGGACACAUUAUUUCCUUGUGUGUCUCACCCUGUGGGUUGCCAUGGCAACUGUUGCAGGAAGAACUUACACUCCAAAAUCUGAAGUCGGUAUACCAGCUGGACUCAUACCAGAAUGUCCUGGAGUGAUGAAGAACGCUACCAUCAGCAACGUGAUGGUGAACUACCUUCAAGUGGUGCACCAUCGGCUCAACGACAAAGGAGAAGUCGUCAGGAAGUCUAUGCCCAUCACUACAGCACCGAGUGUGAUGGCGAAAAGCAAAUAUAUGGAUCUAAAAAACAAGAAGACGGUGUUCUACGCAGUCGGGUUCAUAGACAGCUCCUGGUUCUUACACUCUCAGGCUGUGGGUACAGCCUACGCGAAGCUAGGGUACAACGUGUUUCAGAGCGAAACUAUUGCCUUUCUUACGCAGAUAUACCCAAAGUCAGUUCGCCUAUCCAGAGAAAUAGGGAGAAAGAUAGGGGAAUUCCUCGUGAAGCUAACCGACCAAGGUUUAACAGCUGACAACCUUGAGCUGGCAGGCAUCAGCUUAGGAGCCCACAUAGUGGGAUAUGCUGCCAAGCAUUUCUACUCCGUCACAGGAAAAAAACCCUCCAGGGUCACCGGUUUGGAUCCCGCUGGACCCUGCUUCAGAUCCUUACCUUCAAAGUAUAGACUUGACUCAUCAGAUGCAGAAAGAGUCGAUAUUAUACAUACAAAUAUAGACGGCUUUGGCAUAGCAGAGAGACUAGGACACGUCGACUUCUACGCCAAUGGUGGCGAAUUCCAACCUAGCGAUGUACCGUACGUUCCAUGCCUUGUCAUAUGCAGUCAUAUAAGAGCUAUUCUCUACUGGUGGCAAGCUCUUGAGCAUCCCAAGAAGUUCAUAGCAAUAAAAUGUGACUCCAUCCAAGAUGCUCGAUUCUCCAACUGCUAUAACAACACAGAGGUGAACUAUGUUGGAAUGUACACCGAUUUUGGGAAACCAGGCAUAUAUUACCUGCCCACGAAUAACGAGUUUCCGUAUUACAGAGGUAAGAAAGGCUUGAAGGCGGAAAAUGAGAUAUAUACGUCAAUUAUACGGAACAUCAAUUCGGAGGAUAACUUCGUGCUCUGACAGUGAUGUAUAGGUUCUUUGUACGUUUGAUCAAACUGUUUCACUGUGCUAAGUGUAGUGUAGAUUGGAAAAGUAUGGCCUUUGGCUAGUUACAAAGUGGCAGGUGCUAGUGAACUGUGAGUGAGCUACCAAAUUCACGUGUGAAGAUUGUGUUGAUGCUAAGUGCAGCACUGGCCCAUUUAUUGUCCCAAAACAGUGGUAGGGUUAAU